CUCUUAUCCUCAGAUUUGUUUCUUGAGUUGUGAGAGUGCAGCUAAAGGUCUAUCUUUGGCUAUCUUUGUGAUAGCCGCAAUGGCCUCAUACACUGCUUACAGUGGCUACAGCAAGCCACCUCAAUCUUAUGCAGGCUCUUACUACGAUGAGAAGCAGGCCAAGGCCUAUGCAGAUUAUCAAGACUCUGUAUAUGAGGAAAAAAAGAGAACUGAGAAGAAGGACCGUCGGGACGCCAUCUGUUGUGAAGUAGUGGCCCUCAUCAUUGGUUUCGUUGGACUAAUCGGAGUGGCAGCCGUGACAGGCCUGCCGAUGUGGAAGGUGACAGCAUUCAUCCAGGAGAACAUCAUUGUCAUGGAGACUCGCUGGGAGGGUUUGUGGAUGAACUGCUACAGACAAGCUAACAUUAGGAUGCAGUGUAAGGUGUAUGAUUCCCUUCUGUUUCUGCCCCCGGACCUCCAGGCUGCUAGGGGUCUGAUGUGUAGCUCUGUGGCCCUGACCACCUUCGCCCUCAUAGUUGCAGCAGUGGGGAUGAAGUGUACCAAAGUGGUGGACCAUCGGGCUCGCACCAAGCAUGUUGUUCUCGUGGCUGGAGGCUGUCUGUUCCUCAUGAGCUGUAUCACUACCCUAAUCCCUGUGUCCUGGACUGCCCAUGUUAUCAUAACUGAUUUCUACAACCCUCUGCUGAUCGACGCCCAGCGCAGGGAGCUUGGGGAGGCUCUUUACAUCGGCUGGGUGACCUCAGCUUUGCUUUUCACUGCCGGAGUGAUCCUGCUAUGCCGUCACGCUCCCCGUACCCAGGACCCAGAAGAGAGGAUUGUAUACAACCCUGAAGGGAAUAUCUACCAACCUGCAUACACAUACCAGCCGUACACGUACCAGCCAGCGUACACCUACCAACCACCCUACUCUGCACCCCCUCCAGGAUCUGUAACAUAUACACCAAGUCAGUACUAGUGAGGAAAAUCAAACACAGAGACAAAUUUAACUUUUGACUUUUUAUAAACUUACCAAGAUUUGGCACAUUUGAAUGAGGAGAAUCAAUUGACUAAUGACCAAAGGCUGUCACUGGAAAUGGCCAAAUAUUUUAUUACUUUCUCAAAUAGGGCCAAGUUUAUUGCAGAGAUUGAAAUUCAUUAUGGAACUGAUUGUGUUUUGAUCAUGGUGAACUGUGCUGAAUAUGCGUUGUUUGUUUCUAUGUGCUUAAUUUACAAAUUAUAUCAUUCAGGCAGAGUCUUUUUAUCUGUAAUAAUACAAUAGUUAACCAUUGAUAUCAUAGUCUUUACAGCCUCUAUUGACAUGCUCUUUGAGAACAAAUUAUGCACUAGGCCUUUUUCAGAUAAUAUACCUCCAGAUGAUUUGUGUUCACUGUUGAGUUUUUGUUGUGAAUGUACAGACUUUUUCAAAAUGCUGGCCUAAAUAGAAGGUCAAUUGUGGUUUCCAAUAAAAGGCAUAAAGUUGAGAAAAAAAA